AGAUGCCAUCGGCAUCUCCGGCUAGGGCAGAACUUAGGGCUCUUGCGCGCGAUGAGCUGGAGGUGCCACGGCAGGAGCAACGAGGAGCUAAUCGCAAACCUCCAGAAGAAUGGAAUCCUGAGCUCUGCCGCCGCGGCCGACGCGAUGGCGAGGAUCGACAGAGCGUUUUUCGUGCCGCGGGGAGGAUCGCCGUAUCAAGAUGCGCCCCAGCCGAUUGGGCACGGCGCGACAAUCUCAGCUCCACACAUGCAUGGUUAUUGCGUAUCCAUGCUCGCGGAUCAUCUCAAAGCGGGAAUGACAGUGCUUGAUGUUGGAUCCGGCUCCGGCUACUUGACUGCGGUCUUCGCGUUGAUGGUUGGACAAACUGGAAAAGCUGUGGGAAUUGAGCACAUCCCCGAGCUUGUGGAGUCGUCUAUAAAAAACAUCAGAAGAACACAAGCGGCGUCGCUUCUUGACACUGGAGCUCUGUCCGUCCACGCUGGAGAUGGCAAGCUUGGCUUUCCGGCUUGUUCACCUUACGAUGCAAUUCAUGUUGGAGCUGCAGCUGCUGAAAUGCCGCAAGCGCUUGUAGACCAGCUCAAACCCGGUGGCCGUAUGGUGAUUCCAGUAGGACGCUUCUUACAGAUGUUAAUGCAGGAUCUAGUUGUCAUAGACAAACUUUCAGACGGGUCCAUUAAAAAACGAACUGAGAUGGGUGUAAGCUACGUGCCUCUCGUGUGAUUUAAAUGCCGAAAUGCAAUAGAGUGCGAGAGUGGCCAAAAGAUCGCAAUAAUGGUAAAAGCUUACGAUCGCUGUCAUUCUAUUGCGACAA